GCAGGUCAAACCUUGCCGAUGACAAUCCCGACGCGUGGCAAACGACAGACGGACAAUGGCAGGACAGUCAAUGGCAAGAUCAGUAUUGGGAUGACUGGUCCUGGUACGAGUCCGAGGAGUCAUAUGCCGCAAAGGGAAAAGGAAAGAAAGGAAAGAAGGGAAAAGGCAAAGGCAAGUUCAGCAAAGAUGGAAAAGACGGGAAGUCCGGAAAGGAUGGACAUUCCCAACUUGCCGAGGCCGUUCCUAGCAGUACUACUGCUGCUACAACCUUCUUUGCCGAGUACAUCAACCCCUUGAACUUUUCCUUCAUGGCCACCGAGGACAAGACGGAGGAAGCCUUCAUCUCUCAGCCCUUAACGCCGACCGCGAUGGUGUUGGAUUUGGGAUGUACGAGAGCGAUGGCUUCCCGGGUGGCUGCGCAGGACCUGAUGAAGUUCUGCGAUGACAAUCUGAACUGUGGCAUUUGGUACGCCAUCGCUGAGACCACAUCUCAGUUCACCUUUGCCAACUCCGAGUCGACGAAGUGCCAGCAGAAGUUGGUCAUUUGCAUGUACGACCGAGAGUACGCAGUUCAGUCGACUGAGUUCCAGUUCGAGCUCCAUCCGGACAAGGCUUUGAUUAGCAGUCCUGUACUGGGCAUCUGGGAUGUGAAGCUUAAGGAACCCGAGGUUUUCGCCUUUGCGAUGGAUGAUGAGUGGGUGAUUGAUGAAGCUAGCAUGGAGUUGAUUCGUCUCCACAAGAAGACAAGGAGAACAAGGUACGAGCCCAAGGAAGGAGCAGUGCCAAUUCCUUUGGAGUACCUGGACAAUAAGCGCAAGACGAUCAUCGAGUUCUCUAAGGGAAAGAAUGUUACUCAUGAAGAUGACUGGCGUUCUUCUGAGCCUCCUACAUCAAAGGUCACUGAGCCUUGGAAGGGAGCAUCCGGAAGCUCUCCACCAGGAGAGGUCGCUGUAGCUCCCCUUGCUCCUGAAGAUGAUCCGGAUCUUCAAGAGUACGAACCUUCCCUGCCGGAAGAGCCAGAGGUCUCGUCGCUAGAACCUAGGAGGAUUGCGCUUCCAUUGCCUGGCCAGGAGGUCUCAAGGGCCUCUCCGCAGUAUCAGCGCAUGUUGGAAAAGCUGAACAACGAUGUAGAGCUUUACAAGCUGCAUGUGAAGCAUUACCACAUGAGCCCUGCACAGUUUCGGCGAAGGACCAGCAUGCUCGGACUGCCAGGUGAGAUCUACGACAAGUACGACAGAAUUGUCAAGGGCUGUCGUGUUUGCAGCACUUCCGUGCCUACGCCUCCGCGAGCCAGAAUCGCAGGAUUGCGAGCAUCAUCAUUCGGUGAUCUGAUCUUCGUUGAUCACGAAGAGAUCAAGUUCGGUACUAAGGCAUAUCUUGCCUUAGUCAUCAUUGAUGGUGCCUCAAAUCUCCUGUGGGCUACGGCUCUCACCAAUUUGGAAGCGCCUGAGACUCUAGGAGCAUUCCGUCAGUGGACAGAGGAGAACAACUGCGUUCCGAAAGGAAUUGUAGGUGAUCAAGCAUUUUUCACACCACAGUUCAUGUCCUAUUAUAAGUUCCAUGGCAUUACUCCAUAUCCUUGUGGACCUCGGACUCCUUGGCCGAAUCGAGCCGAGACCGCUGUGCGGUUGUUCAAGCGUACGUGGUCCAUCAUGGCUAAGGCUUUGGCCGAUGAAGGGUAUGCAGAGAGGGUUACUGUCCGUCAGGCAGUGAAGAAGGUGGCUUGGGCAAGAAAUUGCCAAUUGACCGUCUCAGGCUAUUCUCCUUUGGAGAUAGCUACCGGACGACGGCCACCGGAUCUGUUUGAUGUUGAGACGAGUACGCCCGAACAGCUCUCUGCUAAUCCACCCGAGGAGGAUCGAACCACUCUCGAUCUUCAGAGGAUUGCCAUGCGUGCUCAUCAAGAAGCCCGGCAGUCGAUUGACCUUCGGAAGGAUCUGGCAAGACGUGUCAUGCCAUCGGAUGGUCCUUAUCAGAAGGGAAAUCGUGUGUUUGUCUGGCAUAAGGAUGAGUCUAAGAAGAAGUCGGAAGGUGUUUGGGUCAGAGGAACUGUCAUAUCUCAGGAAGGAGCCAUGGUGUUGGUUGAAGUUCAUCGUUCGGUACUUCGAGUCAAUCAGUCGAAGGUUCGCCGUGAUGGAGACCCAUGGCAUGAUGUGGCAAUUCCUCUUAAGCCUGCUGAACCGCGAGGCUCUUCUCCUGAAGAGGUACGCGAGGACGCUCCGAGACGCUCCUCUCAGGAGGAGGCACUCGAGCGAAUCGGUGAUAGGCUUCUCGAACAAGCAAGUUCAAGGUUCUGUUAUGAACAUGAAAUUUGCUUCCAUUCUCUCACUUCUGGCAAGAGCGAUUUCGUUGAGAUCACGCCACAGCUUACGGGUCUCACUGCGUGCACGUGUCAUUCUGGACUGGUGGCGAGUGAACCUGUUUUGUUUGGUGAAUGGUCAGCCAAGAAGAUUCAAUCUUCGAUUGAGUCAGCAUGGCAGGUGAUCUUAGCGGCAGAGCCGAAUCACAUUAUCAUUCAUCCUGUCAUUCCUACACAGUGGACAAAGAAAGCAGCAAAUGCCUUCUGGCAUUUCUGCGCUGAAGUGACUCGCUGGCAGGAUGACAGAGGUGAUGGGUACUUUGUGACCAUCAUGUACUCUGCUCAUUCUGGCUUUUGGCGCUCUCAGAGCAGUCGCUCAUUGAAGUGGAGACGCAGCAUGACCUUUUGCACUUUCAAGAACAAGGGGGAACAGCAGCACGGGGAGAUAUCCUUUCUCACCAAUGCGCCUGAAGGAUCUUUGGAUCGAUUAGAGACUUUGAAGAUGGAACUCUUUGUGCUUUAUAAUGUCUGCGAUCAGAACGUAACUCAGAGGCAUUACCGGUUCUUCCCUCAUCAGAAGAGUAUUCAAUGCUCUCCGAUAACUCAAGACAGCCUGGAGGGAUUCCAACGUACCAGUGUGAAGCCCUAUGACUGGCACCCACGGAAGUUUUUCAGCUUCCUGAUGGCCAACUCAAAGGGCCGCUUCAACAUCUGGGUUGCUCCCGUGGCACUGACUUUUGGUCGUUUCUUCGACUGGGACUUCCACAUCAGUAUCAGCGCCACUCAGGGGCAUACCAGAGUCCCCGAACAGGUGUCCGAGAUCUCCCGAGGUGAGAGACUGUCAAUCGAGCGGUGUCGCAAGCUGGGCAUGAUUUUUCAUGCCACGGACAACGCCAACUAUGAGGGUAUUCGUGAGAAGGGCCUCGUCUUGGAGGCAACUCGCGCCUCGUGGCAACGGCACCGGCUGGCAGUUCACUUCGUCUAUGCAGGCGGAGUGACGUCUCCGGGGCCGGGGACAGUCGUCAAGUAUGGGCCGUAUGUCUUUUACUGCAAUCUCGACUACGAAAGCUACCUCAAUCACGGCCACGAACUGCCACCUCAUGAGAAGGAUCCGGGCGGUCUCCGCCACGAGAGGGAACAGAAUGCGGCAGGGGUAGGCUCUUCACAUGAAGAGGGAACCUCAGCCACCGCUUCUGCCUCAGCUUCCGGAGGCUCUCCUCAGGGAGAGGUACCGGGUAGCAAUGUGGAUCCUAAGGCGCGGCCAGCUCCCAAGAAGAGACCAAAGACGGCCCAGGACGCCUCACCUGAUGCGGGAGGCUCUCCACGUGGAGAAGUACCCACAUUGGACGCGGAGGCUCUCAGAAAACUCAUUCGUGAAAAUGAGUUGAGAGAGGACCGCGAGCGGCGCCAAGCCACCACUCAUUCCGAGGGGUCAACUCGAUAUGCGUAUCAGCCUGGUGACACCGUGCAUGGAAAGGUGGAUGCGCAUAAGUCCCAGCAACAAGAAGAGCUGAAUGAAGUUCUUCGAAAGGCCAGGACAAACCCAUGGCAUCUCUUUGCUCAUGGUGUUCUGCAUCGAACAGACGGGAGUGGUCAGCGUAUGUUCAGCACCUUCGAUGAUCCGUUGGUGAAGGUGACACCCUGGCAUACACUCUCGAAGGAGAUGCGGACGCUCCUGGGUGGAGAAUACAACUGGGCAAGCUGGAUGUCUCAUCCACUUUCCGGCUAUUCUCUCCACUUCUUUCUGAAAGCCUUUGAACUGGGCAAGUUGCAGGGCAACUAUUUGGUGGAGAUGAGUCACAAGCCGAGGGUGUACACCGGAGGAUACAAGUCACCCUACGAGAAGUACUCCACUCGGCACCCAGGUGGCCUUCCAAAGAUGAUGGACGACAUCUCCAGAGCCGCCACUAUGGAGUUCCGGCCUUUGAUCAAUGAGAUCGGUUUCCGUCCUCCUUCACCGGGCGACCCGAGGGAAAGGAAACCUAAGGCCGAUGAUCCUGACUACUCGCAGAAACUCGAGGCACACGAGGCUUUCAACUUUGAAAGGGACGUGUACAAUGAGGUUUCUCAUGUUCGGGAUGACUUCUCCUUGCUGGUGACGAUCGUCGCUGAAUCUUACGGGCCGGACUUCUUCUCCUAUAUCCAGAAGAACUCUCAGAACGAGGAAAUCCGCCGUAAAUACAUGGUUCGAACACCUGAGGGAUACGGGCUCUAUGACUCGACCUUGCGUCAACCUUUCAACGGGGCCUAUAUCCUUGCUUGUGCCGACCGAGUCCUUAAGGAGAAAGAAGAGAAGGACUUUAAGUCUCGUUUCGCGCGAAAGGCUAAGUCUGAUCUUCGUGCCUAUCUGGACCUCAAGGCCAAGCGGGAAGCUGAACUGGAGGAGCUCUACACACGGCCCUAUGAGGACAUCGCUGUGGAGGAGUUCCUCGAAAAGCUUCCCAGUCCGCAGGUGGAGGAAAUCCUCGAGAUCGAGAAGAACACUCCGAUGGACGCCUCCGAAGCCACUGCAGAGCCAGCGCACUCGCCACCGGGCGAGACGGCUGACUCAACAGUCGAGACACCUGAUGUGCCAAUGAAGACCGAAGCUCCAGAAGGCUCUCCACAGGAAGAGGUAUCUGGAGUAAAGGUUGAGCACGCCGAAGGCUCUCCACUGGGAGAGGAAUCGGAGUCUAAGGACGAGCACAUGGGUGCCACGGAGGAGGUCAAUGACGAGACAACGGACAAGGCAAGCUCUCCACAAGAAGAGGAAGCCAUGCCCGACAUUUCUCCCCACACCGCGGAUGAAGGUGAACUUCACGAUCAAGGAAUCUGGGGGAAAUGUAAGACCGUCGCUGACCCGGAGGCCUAUAAAGCCACCAAGGAUGCUGAGGCCCAGAACGAGGACGCUUUCGAGAAUCUCGAGAAGUCCAAUGACAAGAAGGGUCUUGUGGAUACCGACGAGUACAAGGAGUUCAUCAGGGAUGGCUACCGACUCGAACGUAAAAGCCCUUUGGUUAUGCUGAAGGAUCAACGCAAUAGCUACAGCUACACGGGCUUUUUCCACACCGGCAUCCGCGACAUCGAGGUUGAUCCUGUGGGCUUCUUCAAGGUGCAACACAUGGGUUGGCGCGUGGCAGCUCCGCCGCAUGCUCACCAAAAGUUCCACCUUCCUGAGACCGCGCUCUUCAAGCAGGUCUGCAAAAUGUUGCCCAUCUAUGAUCGUCGGCCUGGACGCUAUGACUAUGUCUUCAGAUCAGGUGACGUUCGCAGAACCCUCGAUGACCGGCUCAUGGCCAAGGCGUCGGAUGUUCAGGAGGCGGCGCUGGACGUUCAGGAGAACCUUCUUCGGAAGGUGAGAGAACUUCAUGAGAGCGGUCGACCAGCGACUCGGGAAGAACUGUUGAACACUAUGCUUCAUCUCUUCCUGGGCGCUGGUGUGGAUGAAGAUGAG